UGUCCCUUGGUGCGGAGGCCGAUUGGGGUGGGUGUCGCAGGGCGCUGGCGGGAGCUGAGCUGUGGUGCCAGGGCAGUGGCAGAGCGGCAGCGGUGCGGUGACGCCAGCGAGGCCAUGCUGGAGAGGUUAGAGGCGCUGGAGGCCGACGUCCGCUUCCUCUGCACCGAGCUGGGCGCCGAGAAGCUGUUGUGGAGCAGCCGGUUCCUGGAGCUGCUGCAGGAACAGCAAGGCCUGCGCCAGCGGUUGCAGGAGCGCCCGCGGCGGUGGGACAGCGGUGACAGCCCUGAGCUGCUGGGGGAAGCGGAGGACCAAAGUGCCAGUGGGAGUGAGGGAGAGAGCCUGGCAGGUAGCAGCUGGGGACACGGGGGGGAUGGAGAGCCAGUGGUCAGGGAGGGGGGACCUGCCACCUGCAGCCAGAGCUGGGGAUGGGGCAACAUGUUGAGGUCUGCCAAUAGGGAGCACUGGGAGGUACCUGGGAGGACAGGGUGCCAGGGAAGGCUCCCAGGCCUCUGUACCAGUUGCCAGCAGGAGCCCGGCUGGGUGCUCCUGCACUCAGCAGAGCUCCGGCCAUCGCUUCGCCUCUCGCCCUUUUGCUCUGUUAAAGGACACCGGUGGAUGGAGCCACGCUGGCAGCCAGCCCCAUGCCCAGGCAGUCUUUUGGGGCCAGCAGCUCCACGACAAGCAGAAGGUGUAAGCGGGGUGUUGGUGAGACGGGAAGGAGCCACAUGUCCCUCCCUGCCCAGGCACUGCAGGACAUAGGCCAGGACGGCACAGUCCUGGUUGUGUUCCCAUGUCCUUGUAUGUGCCUCCAUCAUCCUUCAGUGCCAGCCAGGCCCUGCCCCGUCCUGCCCCAUCCUGCCCAGCCCUGCCCGUUCAGCAGAACUGCAGCCAGUUCCCAGAAGCAGGAACCAGCCGGGAGGCAGCUCAGGGCAAGCCGCUGUCUCCUGGGCUGCCCAGGGCAGGUCACAGUCACCCCUUGCCCGGGGCCACCCCUGGGACUGACUGUGCCCUGGGCAGGUUGUCUCUGGUGGAGUCCAGCAAGGAGCAUCUUCCUGACCUGCUGCAACUUGUUGGGAGCUUCCAGGAACGAGGAGUAAGGUCACCGCCAGCUCCGUCACCUUGCACGAGCUGGUGACGCCAUGGCCACGGAUGGAUUGCAAAACUCAAGCGCUGCCCCGUUUACUUCCUCCUUGGCCAGUUGAGCCCCUCUGUCAGCUGCUCCACACGCGUUGCAACUCUCGGCCGGCUCCUUGUGGCAGCUCUCAGCGGUGGGGAGGGGGAACCCUCUCUCCUGGGGGGGCCGAGGGGCCCUCGUCCCCAGAGAAUGGCUCAGCCAGGGAUGCUGUGCUGCAGGAGUGCCAGCCCUGAGUGGAGCAGGCUCCGA